GCAGGAAGCAACGAGAAGGGUUUGGAGAGAGGCAAUGUUUACAAGCUAGGAUUGGACCUGUUUCCUUUACAAAUACAGAUCACUAAUGGUGUGGGUGUUUAUCAUGAAUCGGAUGAGUUCUCAGAGCAGCACCUCAGCUCAGCGCAGGCGCAUGGCCUUGGGAAUCGUCAUGCUCCUGCUCGUUGAUGUCAUUUGGGUUGCUUCAUCAGAGCUCACAUCGUACAUUUUCAAGCGUCAAGACUAUAAUAAACCCUUCUUCAGUACUUUUGCGAAGACAUCCAUGUUUGUCCUCUACUUGGUUGGAUUUCUUGUGUGGAAGCCCUGGAGGCAGCAGUGCACAAGAGGAUUUCGAGGGAGACAUGCUGCACUUUUUGCAGAUGCAGACGGCUACUUUACAGCAUGCACUACAGAUAACAGUUUUAACAACUCCCUGAGUGAACCACUUUAUGUUCCUGUGAAGUUCCAGGAUGUUCCCUCAGAAAAGGUUGCCGAUGCCAACGGUGAAUGUGCAGAAUCUCCUAAAAAGCCUCGCGUUCGAUUCAGCAACAUCAUGGAAGUACGUCAGCUUCCAUCCACCCAUGCACUGGAAGCUAAACUUUCUCGCAUGUCCUACCCAGCAGCAAAGGACCAUGAGGACCAUGAGUCAGUAUUAAAAACUGUUAGCAAACUACCUGUAACACAGGUGGCAAAAAUCAGCUUCUUCUUUUGUUUUGUGUGGUUUUUAGCUAAUUUCUCCUAUCAAGAGGCACUGUCAGAUACGCAGGUAGCCAUCGUAAACAUCUUGUCCUCAACUUCUGGGCUAUUCACUUUAAUCCUGGCAGCAGUGUUUCCCAGUAACAGUGGAGACAGGUUUACUCUGUCCAAGCUUUUAGCAGUGGCUUUAAGCAUCGGAGGAGUCGUUCUUGUAAGUUUGUCGGGUUCUGAUAAUACUGAUGGGAAAGACAUCGUAGGGUCUCUCUGGUCAUUAGUGGGAGCAGUGUUAUAUGCUGUAUACAUAGUCAUGAUUAAAAGAAAAGUGGAUCGUGAGGACAAACUUGAUAUACCCAUGUUCUUUGGGUUUGUUGGCUUGUUUAACCUUUUGUUCCUAUGGCCAGGCUUUUUCUUGCUUCAUUACACUGGUUUUGAGGCCUUUGAGUUACCCAGUAAGCUUGUGUGGAUGUAUCUCAUCAUUAAUGGACUUAUUGGGACAGUUCUAUCUGAGUUUCUUUGGCUAUGGGGUUGCUUUCUAACCUCUUCAUUGAUAGGUACACUUGCAUUGAGUCUUACGGUACCUCUGUCCAUAAUUGCUGACAUGUGCAUGCAAAAGGUGCGGUUUUCUUGGCUGUUUUUUGCAGGUGCCGUCCCUGUUUUUCUUUCCUUCUUCAUUGUUACCAUUUUAUGCCACUACAAUAACUGGGAUCCAGUGAUGGUGGGUGUGAGAAGGGUUUUUGCUUUUAUCUGUCGGAAGCAUCGAGUACAAAGGACCUUAGAAGGAACUCGAGUUGGUUUGGGCAUCUGUAGUAGUUAUUUUAAUAAGUUAAAGAGGUGUCCUGUAUUACACAGAACUUCAGAAGACAGUGAGCAGUGUGAAAGCCUCAUUCCUAUGCAUGGUGUUUCUCAGGAUGAUGGGCCCAGCUGCUGUUCAUAAACUACAGAGUAAGAGCAGCGUUUGGCAAAGUGACAAUCCUGGAGAAGCCUGAAGGAAACUUUGUUUUUCAGUGCCUCUUUUUACUUUUUUUUUUUUUUUUUUUUAAUGAUGUGCAAACAUUUGAUCCCUUCAAACUUAAAUUACUGUACCUUCGCAAGGACCCCCUUUUAUACUGGACUUUGUUUAAUGGUACGUACCUGCAGAUUUGUUAGGAAACCAAAACCUUUGGAGUAGCCUACCUGCCUUACCGAAUGUAAAGAAUGACAAUAUGGGGAGACCACUUGAAACACUCAGACUUUUCAGCACAGUAGAGCACAUAAGAGGUAACGGUUUACUCUUUUCAUUUUCACUAGAUGCUGGAUACUAAUAUAAGACGUGUGAAUUGGUACUACAUCCUCCCACUAAGCUCUGAAAGGAAAAGUACCCUUUCUAUUGGAUGUGGUACAGAAUACCAACACCCUACAGUGUACAUAGGAGAUCAAAUAUGAAUACAACAGAAGAUAAAAGUAUUAUAUUUUAUUGUAAAAAAAAAAAAAAAGGAAAA